ACAGCAGCCGCCCGUCGCAUGUUGCACCACCAAAGCAGCACACACACACUCGACGAUAACCUCACAACCACCACCCACGACAAGGCGAACAUUCGCCCCCCCCUCCCCUCCCCCGACGGCGAGGUCAGAAGCAUAGCCACCAAUUCUCGAGGGCAGAACCGAUCCCAACGACGAGCUUCGCGCUACACAAAGGACCCCAAAAUCCGGCCAUCAUGGCCUCCGCCAAACACUGCACCGCCUCGCUGGCGAGGCUCGCCAUAUCAGCACCAUGCACUGCCCGACCAGCCAUCUCCGGGACAAUAGUGACCGCCUCGAGGUCCGCUGCCGCUCUCUUCUCCACGACGCAGACGGUCGGCAAGGCCGUGAGCAAGAAGACCGGCCCGACGCUGCAGCAGCUGGCGUUGCAGAAGGAGCGCGCGAAGCGGAAGAAGAAGCAGUCGCGGCACAAGGAGUACAAGUACGCCACGCCCAGCGAGGAGGAGCGCUGGUCCCUGUGUGAUGCGAUGAGAUAUCUCCGCGCUGCCGAGGUAGGCCGGCCGCCCGAGUCCGCCACGUACGAGGUCUCGCUCAAGAUCCGGACCAACAAGAACGGCCCCGUGAUCCGCAACCGGAUACGCCUGCCGUACCCUGUCAAGAACGACACGCGGGUGGCCGUCAUCUGCAAGGAGGGCAGCGGCGCCAUGUCGGACGCGCGCAACGCGGGCGCCGUCGCGUUCGGCGAGGAGUCGCUGUACGAGCUGAUCCGCACCAAGCCCAACGACCUGCCCUUCAACCGGCUCAUCUGCCACGCCGACUGCGAGGCGUCCCUCAAGAAGGCCGGGUUGGGCCGCAUCCUGGGCCCCAAGGGCAUGAUGCCCUCGCUCAAGACCAACACCAUCACCCGCAGCGUGGCCGCCAUGAUGCGCGAGAUGGUCGGCGCCGAGGCGUACCGCGAGAAGGUCGGCGCCAUCCGCAUGCCCAUCGGCAACAUCCAGUUCACGCCCAAGCAGCUGUCGGAAAACGUCAAGACGCUCGUCGCGCAGAUCAAGGACGACAUUGUCAAGGUGGAGGACCGCACGGGUCAGAAGAAGGAUCUCAUCGAGGUGGUCCUGUCGUCGACCAAGGGUCCCGGGUUCAGCUUGAGCGGUGGCUUCCUGCCGACGGAUGAGAACGUCGAUGCGGCUGCGCUCAGCACGGCCAUGUAGUUUGGGCGUGCUGCCUUGUCGUGAGGCGGGACUCGCUCUGUCCUUGUAUUUGAGAUGUACCAUAGUGAGGAGGUUGUGGGAGGCCAUGCCGUGUACUGCGGACGCCGUAUCUUGGAAGACCUGGGGCAUGCGAAUGUACAUUAUUUAUGCCGUGAAGUCAAUCAUAUCGUUGUAACGUGACAACAUUGUAUACAAUAGCUCGCAACCAUGCACUCGUCACAUUUG